AUGACUGCCAACGGCCAAACGCCUGAAUACGACUUUAUCAUUUGCGGAGGAGGCACCGCGGGCAGCGUGAUUGCUGGAAGGCUUGCAGAAUGUCGAGACAUUACUAUUCUCGUCAUUGAGGCUGGCCAACACAAUGAGAACCUCGAGAAUACCAAAAUGGCAGGCGGAUGGGCACAGCUUUUGGACAAGGAGACUGAUUGGAACAUUAUCUCGGAGAAAGGGAGCGGAAUACUUGACCGUCAGGUGAAACUCAGCCGCGGAAAAUAUCUUGGCGGUUGCUCAGGUUGUAACGGGACCUUGUGUAUUCGUGGGUCAAAACAGGACUAUGAUGACUGGCAACUCGACGGCUGGAGCGGCGAAGAGUUCUUUGAGUACAUGAAAAAGGCUGAAACCUUUCAUUCCAAGCCCUGGUUCAAAACAAAUGCGCAAUUCCACGGAUACGAUGGCCCACUGCAUAUGGAACCUCACGAAUUGGCACCAAUAUCUGAGCUUGUCCUCGAGUCCAUGGUCUCCUCUGGGCUGCCACAAGAUGAUGACAUGUUUUCUCAUGGGACAAACCCGCACGGCUGUGGACACGUGCUUAGGACGGUCCACCAAGGAGUCCGCACAACGGGCGCAGAUUUCAUCACAAAUGACCAGGCGAAACCAAACAUUACAAUAUUGACCGAGACGCAUGUGGAUAAAAUACUAUUCGAGCGGACGCCUUCUGGAGAGUUGCAUGCCACAUGCGUCCAAGUCAUCCAGCCGAGCGGCGUGGCAGCUGAGAUUCGCGCCAAAAGAGAGAUUAUUGUUUGUGGAGGGGCUUACUGUAGUCCCACCAUUCUGAAUCGAUCGGGCCUGGGUCGCAAAGAAGACUUGGAGAAGCUUGGUAUCGAGGUCUUGAUUGACCUGCCCGGCGUGGGUCAAAAUCUGAUGGACCACGUCAUUGCCUUUAUGUUCUAUGAGACCGAACAGGAAGGACUGACCAAUGACCACUUGAUCUACCACGGCGAUGCCGCCGCCACAUCGUACAAGUUGUGGAAAGAUACCAAAACGGGGUUUUUAUCAACAUUCCCAUUUGGCGUGUUCGCGUUUGCACGCCUUGACGAUCGUCUGAGUGAUUCUGAUCUGUGGACAUCCGCUCCGAGAAAACCCGGCCGUGACCCCAUGGGCUUGACACUGCACCAGCCAAAUGUCGAGCUUUGGAAUACCGAAUGCUAUGGGGGCCCAAAGCAGUAUGAUCAAUUUCCCAUUGAUCACAAAUAUGCGUUUAGUGUUGUGGCCGAAUUGCUUGGACCUCGGUCUCGUGGUCAUGUCAAGUUGAAGAGCGCCGAUCCGCUGGAAACACCAGAGGUAGACUGCGGUUAUCUCACCGACCCAUUGGACCUCGAGGUCCUUGCGGAAGGUUGUAAGCUGGCCAAUGAGGUGAUCAUGAAUGGGAGUGCGACAAAGGAUAUCGUCAAGGGAUCAUGGCCACCGAAUCUGAACCACCAUACCUAUACCACCAGGGAAGAGUGGAAACCCUACAUUCGUCAGAAUGCCACAACAUGCUAUCAUGCUUCGGGGACCUGCGCAAUGGGAAAACCGGUUGACCCAAAGGCAGUUGUCGAUGAAAAGCUUUUCGUGAAAGGCGUUUCGGGACUUCGUGUAGCGGAUUGUAGUAUAAUGCCGACACUGCAUGGUGGCCAUACGCAAAUGCCAGCUUACGGAAUCGGCGAAAAAUGUGCGGAUUUGAUCAAGGCGCAUUGGAAAGAUUUAUCGGGCGCCAAGUAA